GCAAAUGUCAUGUUAUUUCAAUAUCAAAUCAAUUUUCACUUCGACAAGAAAAAUGGAAGAGGCAGUUGCUGUAAAACACGAAGGAAAAAAUAUUGAUAUCAAACAAGAAAAACAAGACAAUUUAGACAGCUUUAAGUACGAAUUCGAUUCUGGAAGCCAAGACAGCAGCAAAAGUGGUAGUGGUGGUUAUCAGCGAUGGGCGCCCAAUUUAAAUGGAGUGAGAAAAAGCGCUUUUACGCCGUACAAAUCUGUCCAGUGCACAGCUUUAACAAAUUUACAGAGAGGUAAUACGCAGGCGCGAGUCCCCGAGUUGCCCCAGCCAGACUGUAGCUUACAUGCAAAAGCUGGCCGCGGAGAAAUAACUCGCGACGACCUGAAACUGGAGCAAUAUGCCGAUAUCACGGAUGAGCAUGGACUCACGGCUCUACACUGGGCUGCUAGUUAUGGCCAAUUGAAUAGUUGUCAAGACCUUGUAUGUAGGAGUGGCGCCAACGUCAACAUGAGAGGCCCAGAAGGGGAGACAGCAUUACACCUGGCUGCUGCAGGGGGGCACCAUGAAGUUGUGAAAUUUCUGUUGACUGAAGGAGCUGAUGCUGACAUACAAGACGAUUCUGGCAGUACUGCACUUAUGUACGCGGCCGCUGCAGAUUUCCCCUACACCUGCAAUGAGCUUCUUGUUCGAGGAGCUGACCUCACCCUUACCAAUGAUUAUGACCAAGAUGCUUACACACUGACCACAACUAAUAAUUGUAAAUUGGCACAAACUGUGAUAGAAAACUUCUUGAUUGGCUGCCUCAGUAAGAUGUGAACGUCAUGAAGUUAAAAAUUAUGUUGCUUUGGACAACCAAGGAUAUUCAGUUGCAUCCAUAGUGUUAAAUGAAAUACAGGGAUUUAGU